ACCAUACUGGGCUUCUUCUUAUAUGUGUUUCUUCUGUCUGUUUCAAAAUAUCUUGGAAUCCCUCUCCAUUUUCUUGUCCCCUACCUUUCCCUCUUCCAAAAGACACAGCGCUCGUAGCAGAGAUCAACCUAAUCUCAGCAGACGCAGAAGAAAGAAAGUUUUCUUUAUUACUUAGGAUUUGUUUUGGUGACAGGCAGACAGACAGAAAAAGAAAAAAUGAUGCCUCAUCUUCUCUAAAUCCUACUUGAAAGGAAAGAGAGAAUAGAAGCUGUCAGAUACGGAAAUAUCCAACAUUUAUUUCAUUUCCACAGGCCUCUUAAUUCUUAUCAGAUGCCCUCCCCUCGUGUGCUCUCUUUUCCUUCCAUUAAUGCUCUAACUAUCUUCUCCUCUCUCUCUGAAAUUAACCCUCGUCAUAUGCAUAUACACAUACGCCCAGCUACUCGUGUGAGUACACAAUACCACUAGAUGUUACAGCACUAAGAUAUCUAUCACAAAGCUCAAUAUCUCAUGGCGGUUUCUGUUUGUCUUGUUCUCUUUAUUGUUCUCCCAGCGAUAGUCUAUAUCGUUCACAGGAGUUCCCGGUUCCGGAGGCUCCGGCUGCCGCCGGGGAGUUUGGGUCUGCCCUUUGUUGGAGAGACUCUACAGCUGAUAUCUGCAUACAAAACUGAGAACCCUGAACCGUUUAUAGAUGAGCGGGUGAACCGGUUCGGUUCGUUGUUUAAAACCCAUAUUUUUGGUGAACCGACCGUUUUUUCUGUUGACCCGGAAACGAACAGGUUCAUUUUGCAAAAUGAAGGGAAGCUGUUUGAGUGUAGUUACCCCGGUUCGAUAAGCAACCUGCUGGGAAAACAUUCUUUGUUGCUGAUGACGGGAAAUCUUCACAAAAAAAUGCAUUCCUUAACCAUGAGUUUCGCUAACUCUUCAAUCAUCAGAGACCAUCUCUUGGUCGAUAUAGACCGGUUGAUCCGUCUCAAUUUAGAUUCUUGGUCCGACCGGGUUCUUCUCAUGGAGGAGGCCAAGAAGACUACAUUUGAGUUGACAAUGAAGCAGCUAAUGAGCUUUGAUCCAUGUGAAUGGACCGAGAGUCUGAGAAGAGAGUACGUGCUUGUUAUUGAAGGCUUUUUCAGCGUGCCUCUACCCAUCCUUUCCCCCACAUACCGCAGAGCUAUCAAAGCUAGGACUAAGGUGGCAGAGGCUUUGAGUUUGGUAGUGAAACAAAGGAGGAUAGAGAGUGAGUCAGGAGAGAAAAAGAAAGACAUGCUUGGAGCUCUUUUAGCUUCAGAUGAUCAUGGAGGCUUCUCGGACGAGGAAAUAGUAGAUUUCUUGGUGGCUCUGCUUGUUGCAGGCUAUGAAACUACAUCUACAAGCAUGACUCUUGCUGUAAAGUUCCUCACCGAGACACCUCUGGCUCUGGCUCAGAUCAAGGAGGAGCAUGAACAGAUUAGAGGAAAGAAGGGCGAGGAGGGAGCUCUUGAGUGGAGUGAUUACAAGUCAAUGACCUUCACUCAGUGUGUUGUUAAUGAGACUUUGAGAAUAGCAAACAUAAUAGGUGGGAUAUUUAGACGAACAAUGACAGAUAUAAAUGUUAAAGGUUAUACAAUUCCUAAAGGAUGGAAGGUUUUUGCAUCCUUUCGUGGUGUACAUUUAGACCAUGAAUACUUCAAAGAUGCUCGAACUUUCAAUCCGUGGAGAUGGCAGGACGACUCGGGGGCAACAUGCCCAGCAAAUGUGUUCACUCCUUUUGGAGGAGGGCAACGGUUAUGCCCAGGAUAUGAACUUGCUAGAGUAGAACUCUCUGUUUUCCUUCACCACCUGGUCACCCGUUUCAGUUGGACCCCAGCUGAACAAGACAAGCUGGUUUUCUUUCCAACUACGCGGACACAAAAGCGAUAUCCCAUCAAUGUGCAGCGUCGAAAUCGUGUCUAAGCCAUGUAAAAGUAUUAGAGCAAAAGAGAAGUGAUGUAGACGAGCUGGAGUCCUUCUAAUGAUGGAUCCAAUAAAAGCAAGUCAUAAGAUAGAAGCUUAUUUUGAGUUCUGGUAUAAUGGAUACCAUGAGUAGAGGUCUUGGGCUAGAGACGAUUACUCAACUCCUACCGCCUCGACUCCCGUGCAAAUUGACGAAUAUACCCUUGAAUAAAAACAUUCUCCCCGUUACUCAGGCCACCCACCCCAAGCUGGCAAGCUGUAACCGCCACUAUAUACUGUCAGUAAUAAAUAAUUUUCUUCGUUGUAUGCAGCAACCAGCUAGUGUUUAAAUCUACUAUAUUAACUAAGCCGUUCUUUCCUAGGAAAUAUUCUAAGUGGCGUAAUAGUGAGCUUGUUUUUUCAAUUUAAUAAAGAAGCAUCAUACUCUAGAA